AUGUCCUCAAAAUCUAUUCAAGCUCAUAUAGCAAGUCCGAUAAAUUUAAAAAAAAACCAAGACCAAAUAAAAAAUUCAAAUUCUCUUCCAAACCUUGAACGCAUUAACUCCCUGCACAACCAAAAAUUCAGUAUUUCUUCUCGUUCUCAACGAAGAAUCUUUCAGUUCUCAAAAGGCCCUAAUGAUAAUAAAUCAUGAAAAGUAGGAAAAUAUUACACUAAUUCAGGAAUUUAUAAUGCAAAUAUCGCAAGAACAAGCUCAUAUUCAAGCUUAGCUUCAAAUACAACAAGAAGCGACAGUAAAAUUUCUUUACCAACCCAAAGGCCUUUUUAUCCGAAUAAGGAAUCCAUGGAAGGAUGGGAUCCAGCUAUAAAAAAGACAUCAAUGAUAAAUUAUCAAUAUAGCGAUUAUAAUCCUAUUACACUUGCCUCAGUUCCAGCUCGGACUCCAACUGCUAAUUCUCAUAGACAAGGAGUAUUUUGUGAGUACAUAGACCUUUGCAAGCUUAAUAAUAAACGGCUUGAUACUGCAUACCAAGACACUCUUAAAGCUAAUCCAAGAGCAUUUUAUAAAAAAUCAGGAGAGUUUACAGAGCACAAUGUAAAUUGCAUCAAAUUAGGUGGAGUAGGGCCAUUUUUCACAUCUCCAAAGUCUACCUAA